AUGCGAGGCCACGAUUGGAUCAACACGUUGCUCCCGGACGAGUUACUCAUCGAGAUCUUCCGCCGCCUGGACUCCAAGUCCAGCCGCGAUGCGUGCUCCCUCGUCUGCACGCGCUGGCUGGGCCUCGAGCGUCUCACACGCGCUGCUAUCCGCAUCGGGGCCUCCGGCUCUCCGGACCUCUUCGUCCACCACCUGGCCGCCCGUUUCUCCAACAUCACCACCGUCUACAUCGAUGAGCGUCUCUCCGUUUCGAUCCCCACUAGCUUGCCCGGGAGAAGACGCGCUAACGGCAAUUCCGCGCUGAAGGCUGAUAAACACGGCUCUUCCUCUGACCAGAGUGAUUUGGAUUCGCUCUGUUUGUCUGAUUCUGGAUUGGCUGCUCUCGCUGAAGGCUUUCCCAAACUCGAGAAGCUCAGAUUAAUCUGGUGUUCCAACGUCACCAGCGAGGGGUUGUCAUCGCUAGCGAGGAAAUGUAUUUCUUUGAAGUCCUUGGAUUUGCAGGGUUGUUAUGUUGGAGAUCAAGGUUUGGCUGCGAUUGGACAGUGUUGCAAGCAACUUGAAGAUUUGAAUCUGCGUUUCUGUGAAGGCUUGACUGACACGGGCUUGGUUGAAUUAGCAUUGGGUGUGGGAAAUUCCUUAAAAUCUAUUGGAGUAGCAGCUUGUGCGAAAAUAACUGACAUUUCAAUGGAAGCUGUAGGAUCACACUGCAGAUCUCUAGAGACCUUGUCAUUGGACUCUGAGUUCAUCCAUAAUAAAGGGCUGCUUGCUGUGAUUAAAGGAUGUCCACAUUUGAAAGUGCUAAAGCUACAAUGUAUUAAUCUCACAGACGAUGCUUUGAAAGUUGUGGGAGCUAGUUGUUUGUCUUUGGAGAUAUUGGCCCUAUACAGUUUCCAGAGAUUUACUGAUAAAGGUUUGCAUGCUAUUGGGAAUGGAUGUAAGAAGUUAAAGAACUUGACUUUAAGUGAUUGCUAUUUCCUAAGUGACAAGGGUUUGGAAGCAAUUGCUACCGGCUGCAAGGAACUUACUCAUCUUGAAGUGAAUGGAUGCCACAAUAUAGGAACUUUGGGGCUUGAAUCUGUUGGAAAAUCUUGCCAGCAUCUCUCUGAGUUAGCAUUGCUUUAUUGCCAAAGAAUUGGUGAUGCUGGCCUUCUCCAGAUUGGAAAGGGAUGCAAAUACUUGCAAGCGCUUCACUUGGUAGAUUGCUCAAGUAUCGGAGAUGAAGCCAUGUGUGGCAUUGCUAAUGGCUGCAAGAAUCUAAAGAAACUUCAUAUCCGUCGCUGUUAUGAGAUUGGGAACAAGGGGAUCAUUGCUGUGGGCGAGAACUGUAAGUUGCUGACGGAUCUUAGCAUUAGAUUCUGUGAUAGGGUGGGUGACGGGGCCCUUGUUGCCAUAGCUCAGGGCUGUUCCCUUCAUUAUCUGAAUGUUAGUGGUUGCCAUCAAAUUGGAGAUGCUGGGGUGAUAGCAAUUGCAAGGGGCUGCCCUCAACUCUGUUAUUUGGACGUGAGUGUAUUACAGAAUUUGGGUGACAUGGCUAUGGCUGAGGUGGGAGAACACUGUCCAUUGCUGAAAGAAAUCGUACUCUCACACUGCCGGCAAAUAACCGAUUUUGGAUUAGCCCAUCUUGUAAAAAGUUGUACAAUACUCGAGUCAUGCCACAUGGUUUAUUGUUCUGGUAUAACUUCAGUUGGUGUGGCCACCGUGGUUUCUAGCUGCCCCAACAUAAGGAAGGUCCUUGUUGAGAAGUGGAAGGUUAGCCAACGUACAAAGCGCCGAGCAGGUUCAGUCAUUUCCUACUUGUGUGUGGACCUUUAG